UAUACCAUGGCAAACUAUGCACCUAAAAUAUGCGUGGCAAGACUUGCUUUAAACAAGUGUCCACCCAAGCAUUCUUCCGUCCCGGUUACGACAUUCUAUAAACGUCCCUCAUAAUCUGCAACCAGUUUGCUGCUACAUGGAUCUUCCCAUCGAAGCUGCAAAUAACGUGUUUAAGCUUGAAGAUUGGAACAUGCGGCUAUUCACCCUUUUAACCACCCCUUUCCAAGUGUCUUUGUCGACAUGCGCAAUUAUCGUGAGUAUCUAUCAAGAUUUUACACAAUCUCCAGCCAGCAACGACCCAACUGCCACCCUAGCUCAUCUUCACCACGAACAUGGCUUAGGCUUGAAUAACUCCCCGCGUACCUCAAGCUCUAAGCUCGAUAAAAGUCGUCGCAAGAAAUGGGAUGAGUCGUAUGACUGGCCUCCCGCUCCUCGCCCAGGAAGGGUCAGUGAUUCGGAUGUUGGCAAUCAUCUGCCACGCUCAAUUGACUGGAGAGAACCAUUCGGGUUCAAUUGGAUCACUGCAGUUCAAAACUCCAUGCUCUCUUCUCUAUAUUCGGUUGUGCUGCGCGUAUUCCGCUAGAGCAAGGAUUCUGCGGGAGGUGCUUGCAUCUUCGACAACGGCUUAGAUUAGAUCAAUGAACCGUAUUCAGCACAGUCUUUGGAGUAAGUGCAGCAAUGUGGAUAUCUUCGAUACCGCUUCAGCGACGUGUGCAGCUAGACCCUAGCAGACGGGGUAGUGAUAACUUUGUGCUCGAAGCGUGCAAGACCUCUAUGGCGACCCUUGGGCAAUGAUCAUUAU